AUUACACGCACGCGGGCACGCGCUCCGCACUGCAGUCACUUUCAGAAGCCUUUCUGUGCUGGGACAACGCUAUGAUAUAAGUUAACCGUGUAAGAUAUCAUACCACAGCCAUAUUCAGGAUUUGGAUAGUGCUAUUUUAAGGUCUUCAAGGAUGGAGCCAAUUUGUGCCAUGGGAGUUGCUGCCCGCUUGAGAAGUGAGUGGGAUCGAAAUGAGGGAUUUGGACAGAACCAUAUGGCCCUGAAGUUCUUGGGCCAGGAUUUUGAGUCCCUGCGUACUCGCUGCCUUCAGAGUGGACAUCUGUUUGAGGAUGAUAUUUUCCCAGCCCAGCAGUCUUCCUUAGGAUUCAAGGAGCUGGGCCCCAACUCUAGCAAAACCAGAGGUGUACGCUGGAUGAGGCCAACGGAGUUCUGCUCCGACCCACACUUUAUCGUAGAUGGGGCCACACGCACUGACAUCUGCCAAGGGGCUCUAGGUGAUUGUUGGCUGCUGGCGGCUAUUGCGUGCCUUACACUAAACGAACCCUUGCUGCGACGGGUGGUUCCUCAUGGCCAGAGCUUCCAUCAGCAAUAUGCCGGAAUAUUUCACUUCCAGUUUUGGCAGUUUGGGGACUGGGUGGAUGUGGUGAUUGAUGACCGGCUGCCUGUCAGAGAUGGAAAGCUGCUUUUCGUCCACUCAGCUGAGGGAUCAGAGUUCUGGAGUGCCCUGGUGGAGAAGGCUUAUGCAAAGUUGAACGGCUGCUAUGAGGCUUUAUCCGGAGGAAGCACAUCUGAAGGCUUUGAGGACUUCACCGGUGGAGUGACUGAGAUGUAUGAGCUGAAAAACGCUCCACCAAACCUUUUCAGCAUCAUCACAAGAGCUGUGGAGAGAGGCUCUCUCAUGGGCUGCUCUAUAGAUAUUACAAGUUUCUUUGACAUGGAAGCCAUCACCUUUAAAAAACUAGUGAAAGGCCACGCCUACUCCAUUACCGGAGUGGAUGAGGUGGAGUACAGACGAAGCCAGACCAAGCUGCUGCGCAUCAGAAACCCUUGGGGAGAGGUGGAGUGGACGGGACCCUGGAGUGAUGAGUCAAAGGAAUGGCGUGAAAUCGACGCAUCUGUAAGGUCUCGUCUGCACAACUGUCAAGAAGAUGGAGAAUUUUGGAUGGCAUUCAACGACUUCAAGCGAGAGUUCAGCAGACUGGAGAUCUGUAACCUGACGGCGGAUGCGCUCCAGAGCCGAGAGGUGAAAAAGUGGAACUCAUCGCUGUAUCCUGGUGAAUGGAGAAGAGGAUCCACUGCUGGCGGAUGCAGGAAUUAUCCAGCAACAUUUUGGAUCAAUCCCCAGUUUAAAAUAGUGCUGAAGGAACCAGAUACUGACAAUCAAGAAGGCUGCACUUUUCUAGUGGCUCUGAUGCAGAAGAAUCGCAGGAAGUUACGGAGGGAGGGCAAAGACAUGGAGACCAUUGGAUUUGCCAUUUAUGAGGUCCCUAAAGAGUAUCUGGGUCGGGUUGGUGUCCAUCUGAAGCGGGAUUUUUUCCUCAAGCACACGUCGAGCGCUCGGUCAGAGCUCUUCAUCAAUCUUCGAGAAGUGAGCUCACGCUUCUCCCUGCCAGCAGGAGAGUAUAUCAUUGUCCCGUCCACCUUUGAGCCCCAGAAAGAAGGAGACUUUGUGCUCAGGGUCUUCUCGGAAAAGGCGACCGACUCACAGGAGUUGGAUGAUGAAAUUUCAGCAGACGUCCCGGAGGAGCCUGCGCUACAGGAGAGCGACAUCGAUGAGGGCUUCAAGGCACUUUUUGCAAAGCUGGCAGGGCCGGAAAUGGAAAUCAAUGUGGCAAAACUUGAGAUGAUUCUGAAUCGUGUUGUCAGCAAACAUAAAGAUAUAAAGACAGAUGGAUUUGGCAAAGAGACCUGCCGAGGCAUGAUAAAUCUCAUGGAUACUACUGGAACUGGAAAGCUGGGACUGACAGACUUCCAUGUGCUCUGGGAGAAGUUCAAACGAUAUCUUGCAGUCUUUAGGGAGUUUGACUUGGACAAAUCCGGCACAAUGAGCUCUUAUGAAAUGCGUCUCGCUUUAGAAUCAGCAGGCUUUAAGCUGACAAACAACCUGUUCCAGCUGAUAAUCCUGCGCUAUGCAAAGUCGGACCUCAAUGUGGACUUUGAUAACUUUGUGGCCUGUCUGAUCCGCCUGGAGACUAUGUUCAAAACUUUUAAAACAUUGGACGCGGAUGAAGAUGGACUUGUAUCCUUCAGCUUUGCCCAGUGGAUCACCCUCACUAUGUUUACAUAGAUGGAUGUUCCUCUUCAUCAGUGCUUUUACUGUCUUGAUUUCCCUUCUUGACUACAUGCCUUUAAUUACUUUAGUAGUUUUUAUGAAGUGGAUUUCAAAUAUAGCAUGCUUUUCAUUCAAAAUUACUGGAAAGGAAAGCAAAUAUUAAGAUGCAAUAGGUAGAAUUCCCAGUAAAAGCAACGAACAUGAUUUUUGUUUGCGCUAAUUAAAAAAAAAUAAUAAUAAAUUGACCGAAAGUGAAAGUCAAGACAUUGCUAAUGUUAUAAAAGAUUUCUGUUCCAAAUAUUUUAAUUUUUUACUAAAAUAAUCCUUAAAAAAAUUGUGUGUACAUAAAGAUUACAUGCAUGUAAGCAGUAUCUGUGCAAAACCGACAGUAUUUGAGCCAACGAACGUUUGAACUUGUCAAAAAUAGCAGUGUACUUUUUUAAAAUUGUAAAAUAGAUCAACCUUUGAUUAAGCUCCGCAAUUAUGGUGGCUGAUCAUAACCGAGUGUGCCUCACACAACUUAAAAAGAAAAGCCAAAGCAUUUUAGUCGCCCCCUGGUGGCUAGCUGCAGUAUAUGCCAUAAACUGCCUUCUCCAUGUAAAUGAAUGGGAUUUGAGCCAAACUUAAAGGAGUACCAAGCAAAAAUUGCCAAACGAUGUUGAUAUUUGAAAGAAUCAAACAAGCAUGUCCAUAAUCCAACAUGACCUCGCCACUUUUUCUGCUGCUGUUGUCACUAGAUACGCCCCUUACUGCUGAUUGGCUGAAAAUCUUGCUCAUACUCUGCUCAACACUAUGGUCACAUGCAUUUUUCAUAUACUGCUUAGGUCACUUUAAAGUAAAGCUGCGGUCACACUGGGCUUUUCCUCCCAUAGACUUCCAUUCAUAAGCACGCGAAUGCGUCAGACCGGAAACGCAGGGUCAUGCGUUAAGUUUCGCAGCUCGCAGCGGUGCAAAGUUCAAGCUUGGUGAACUUUGACCUGCGAAAUCGCAUCACUUGACUGCGUGAGACCAAUGGAGGAUUAAAACACGACCUCUCUGGACAGAAAUUUUAAAUAUUGAGCAAUCGUUGGCUUUUUUUAAUUAU